AUGAAGGCCAACUUCCUGCAUGUGACGCCACCUGUGAGCAGAGACAGAACCAUCUCCCACUUCCCCAAGGUAGGCAAACUGUCCUCCUGUGUCCACUGGGCUCGUUCCCUGACAACCUGAGGCAGUGAUUUUCAACCAGUGUGCCUUGGCACCCUGGCGUGCCUUGAAUGGUGGUCAGGGGUGCCACGGGCCACACCAGCCUCUGCCCCUCUUUCCUUCCCUCCCUCCCCUGAUGCCGUCUCGCGUUUCUGCCUCCCAAAGGCUUGCAUGGCUGUUUGUUACAGCAGCAGCCCUGGCCACAAGCUCCUUAGGCAAAUAGUGCCUUUGGGGCUGGCUGGGGGGGUGCCCUGUGGGGCAGUGUGAGGAAGCACCUCUUUUUUGUGGGGGGGGGAGCUCAGAGACCAGGGGCAGCACCAGUGGCUGCCCAGAGGACUCCUAAAGAGAGGGGAGAGGAGAGGAGAGGAGAGGAGAGGAGAGGAGGCUGAGGGAACGGAAGAUGUUUGAAAAGCCUGAGGGGCCGGCUCUGCAGGCAAGGGGUGAUGUAACUGGGCUCCUGAGCCCCCAGGGGUGCCGUGGAAAGAAUGUAGUUGGUCAAGGAAGCCAUGAACCUGAAAAGGUUGAAACCCUCUGGCCUGAGGCAAUCCCUAAAACAGAGCCUGUCCUACAUUUUGCCUUGGGCCGGGCAAAGCUGUCCUAGAGGACUGGCUAGGUGAAAUCCUGGCCCAGCUGAUCUCAUGCUCCUGCUUCCUGUGUGUCUGCAGUGGUACACACCUGAGGCCUGCCUCCAGCUCAAAGAUCACUUCCACGCCCAGGUGAGGAGUGCCUGUCGGAGACAGAACACAGCCGCUGUUGGGUGAGUCGGCAUCAAGGAGAAAUGACGCUUUGUGCCGUAACAAGAGUUUCGGUCACAGGCAAUGUUUCCUUAUGUAUUUUGGAAUUGACCUGUAAUCUUAAGAAUAUACGUUUUGCAAUGUUUCAAAAUUGCUGGGGUGUCAAAUGCCUAUGUAAUCUUAAAAUCUAAAAAAAAUGAUACUUGUUGACAAUUUAGAAGGAACAUUGCAGCACAAAUAAGAUCGCAAGAGGCUGAAGAAAGGUUCACACACACGCUUAUUUCAGGGAUCUGGGGUAUUGUCUAGUUUAUUCAGAUUAUGGUAGAAUAAUUAUUAUUUAAGCAUUUUUUGUGUUUUACUCUGCAAUAUUUGUAUCUCAUAUACUGUAUGUGUUCUUUGUAAUGUUUUUAUUGGUCCGAAUAGAAGUAUUAAUCUGAUAUGGUUCUUCCAUUUCAAUGACACUGUGCAAUGUGAAAAAACAACAACAUGUGUGUUUCAGGCUAAAAAUAUCAAAAGUGGUUGUGGUGGGAGACCUCUAUGUUGGAAAAACAAGCCUCAUCAACAGGUACAAAUCUGUUUUAACACGUAGUUUUAGUGGUGUUUGUCAAAGACUGUCCAAAGUUCCUGCCUCAAAGUGCAGCCACUGACCUCAGUUUAUAAGUCUUUUCUGGCUGACCAGUUUGCAUCGUAGCUACCACCUGCUUGAAACAGUGCUUGUGAAGCACUCCUUAAGGAUGGUACCAAGAGGAGGAGACACCCCAGGUUACAGUUAUGUGUCUCCUCCUGGCCCAUGUCUACAAACACAGCCGCCAGUCUCUGUUUUUGAGUUCCUCCUGCUCAGAACUUGGAAAGGCUCUUAGAUGCGUGUUUAACCACACAGCUUCCGCUCACAUACAAUGGUUACUAGGGUUUUCUCAGAGAGUUUAUUUAGUACAAGAGACCGGGCCUUUUCUGUGGUGGCUCCCCAAUUGUGGGAUGCUCUUCCCAGAGAGGCUCACCUGGUGCCAUCAUUACAUGUCUUUAGGCGCCAGGCAAAAACAUUCCUCUUUACCCAGGCCUAGGGCUAUCAAAGAAUCUAUGGCCUGUGAAAGUGUGGGGGAGAGGACUGUUAUGAUGAUGACUAUUUUAUUAUCUGGCUGAUAGUCAGUAUGCUUUUUAUUAUGUUUUUAUCCUUGAUGUUCUGUAAUGUGUUUUUAAUGUUGUUCACCACCCUGGGAUCUAAGGGUGGUAUAUAAAUUGAAUAAAUAAUAAUAGUGGAAUAUUUCUUAAAUACUACAACUAUGUGAAAACUUUUGAUUUAAGGCAGAGGUAGCCAACAUGUCUUCUUCCCUCGCCUUUUUUUCAUUGCUCUUUCUUUCAAACAUCCUCUUGUCAGCAUUCCCACACCCUUAUUUAUUUUAUUUCCUGCCCUUCACCUUAAGGUCCCAGAGCAGGUUACAGAAUUAAAGCACAAUAUUAAAAACAAUCUAAAGCAGCCAAUAAUAAUAAUAGCAACAAUAAUAACAACAAUAAGGUGUGUACUACCCAUUUUUCCCUUGCAGGUUUUGUAAAGAUGUUUUUGACCGGGAUUACAAGGCAACCAUCGGAGUGGAUUUUGAAAUUGAGCGUUUUGAGAUAGCUGGAGUUCCAUACAAUCUUCAGAUGUAAGUUGGAAAUGAACACGCGGCUCACCAUACGUGUGGGAUGUUUUAACAGAGCCAGCCAGAAUCAAAGAAACAUAGAACCAUAGAGCUGGAAGGAACACAAAGGGUCAUCUAGAUCAACCCCUGCAAUGCAGGAAUCUCAGCUAAGGCAUCCAUGACAGAUGCCCAUUCAACCUCUGUUUUAAAAACUCCAGCGAAGUUUUUAAAGUCCAUUCCACUGUUGAACAGCUUUCAUUCAGGGGGCCAAUAAUGGCCAAGCAGCCAUUAUUCAUUUUGAGAAACAGACUUUUUACUAGUUGUAAACCAAGGGGCAGGGGGAUCUGUGGGGAUCUUUCAGUUGUUGGCUGAGCUCCAACUCCCCCCAGCAGCCAGCAAGGCCAGUGGCCAAGACGGAAGUGUGAUUAAAAAGGAAAAAGGGCAUCUUCCAGAUGGCAUUGAAUCAGGCAUCACAGUCUUCUUCAGCUUGUACUCCUAAGCCAUUUGCUUAAUCCCUGGGCUCACUUAGGCCCUCGCUCACCAUGACUGAUCAAACUUCCCUUAUUCCACUCUUGCCCAGAUGGGAUACAGCCGGCCAGGAGAAGUUCAAGUGCAUUGCAUCUGCCUACUACAGAGGAGCAGAAGGUGAGUCAAAAGCUUUUUGCUUCCUUGCUAGCAGGGCAAAAGCUGACUCCUGGGGGCUGGAGACAUUCUCCCAUUUACUCAGCCUCCAGGGCACUGCCACCGCUGGUGUAGACACGACUUCGCCCCAAUCCAUAGCUAUCCUGUCAUUUCUGAUGAAAUACUGCAUUUUGAAGCAUCCCCCCCCCAAAAAAAAAUCUGGCUUUGAGGAAAAGAACAACUCGGUUGCAUUUUAAGCCAGCCCUGUGUCCCCAGCCUCUUUCCUUCUGGAUGUCUGCUGAGUCAGAACUAAAACGACUCCUUUCUCCUGCCUUCUGGACCUAGAAUGUCUCCUAAUCCUCUCUUGGUUUUGUUGCAGUGAUUAUAACAGUCUUUGAUUUGGCCGACAUCCAGACUUUGGAUCACACCAAGUAAGUCCUUGCCAUUCUUUCUUGCAGAAACUUUCCUGAGGACUGGGGGGAUUAGACAGGCUUAAGCAGGGUGGGCCUGUCAGCGGGUGUGAGCAGGAAGGAGGAGGAUAGGGAGAAAACCAAAAUGAGUUGGCUCUGGUUCCACUUCCUGUUCAGUCUCUCUGCCAGUCCCUUCCCACCACCACUGGCCACAGGUUUCCCACCCCGAUAAAUAGAGAGGGUUGGUAUUGAGGUUUCGGUCGCACUUGCUGAAAGAAUGAGGUUCUUAUUAGCUCAUUGCCUUGUGACACAGAAAUUGCUGCUCUUCAUGUGAAAUUGGUGGCAGACAGUUUCUCUGUGCGCUCUCUCUCUCCUUCCUGCAGUCUUGUUUCUGUUUAGCCUUUGACAUAUUCCCUGGAGGUGUUUGUAUUUUCCUGGUGCUGGCACCAUUUAUCUGUCCCACGGGGGUCUCCCUGCCCGGCUUCCCUCCAGGGUUUUCCGUCUGCACUUGGUAAGGAUGGCUAAGUUGCUCACCCCCUUUGGUGGGCCAGACACGAGGCAUUGCUCCAAGGGGACUGGCAGAGGAGGAGGCAUUAUUUUUUCUCAAGAGGAAAGAACAUAUGGUGUGUGUUCCUCUUUCUCUGGUUUCCAUUUCCUCUCCCCUCUGCCCCUUCCUCCUGUUCUCAUCAUGCUAAUCCCAGUUCCUCUCAUUACUGCUUUCCUCCAAUGGAUCACUUUCUGUACUUUCAUAUACCACACAAUCACACCCAAGAUCAGGGGUUCUGUUUCAGGAUGAAUGAAAUCGGCCAACAUGUGGCUGGUGGACAAUGGAGCGUAUGUCAGUGAGUUUGCUCAGGGUGGGGGAAUUGUGCGGGAGACGAGGCUGGCCUUCCCCAACUGUAACCCCUUCACAUUUUGGACUACAACUCCCAUCAGCCUCAGCCAGCACAGCCAAGGGUCUGAUGGGAGUUGUAGUCCAAAGGCCGACCUAGGCUCUUGCUCACCUGUUUAUGAGAGCCAGUGUGGUGUAGUGGUUAAGAGCGGUAGUCUCGUAAUCUGGGGAACCGGGUUCGCGUCUCCGCUCCUCCACAUGCCGCUGCUGGGUGACCUUGGGCCAGUCACACUUCUUUGAAGUCUCUCAGCCCCACUCACCUCACAGAGUGUUUGUUGUGGGGGAGGAAGGGAAAGGAGAAUGCUAGCCGCUUUGAGACUCCUUAAAGGGAGUGAAAGGCGGGAUAUCAAAUCCAAACUCCUCCUCCUCUUAUUAUUAUUAUUAUUCAAGGACCAAUCCUAACAUGGAGAACAAUAUCAGGUGGUCAGUUACAAGCAAGCAGUGCUGGCUUCCCACUUCGGAAAUGGCUGAUAAAUCCUUAUAUCUAGCAUGUCAAUAUCAUAAGUUGCUUAUUUAUUCAUCUUUUCAGCUCUGAAAAGAGUAUUAAUACUGCCAUGUGCAGUUGGCCCAAACUACUGCUGAUGAGAGCAGAACUUUGUGGGGCUCCCCUUUCUAUCAACAUUGUAUUUCUUCCUCUUCUAGGAGGCUUCCUGCGCACCAUUCCUUUAAAACACAUUUAAUGCCCAUUCUCCUUCUUUGCAAAAUUCUGGAAACUGUAGUUUGUUUAAGGCAGUGAUGGCCAAACUUGGCCCUCCAGCGGUUUUUGGACUACAACUCCCAUCAUCCCUGGCUAACAGGACCAGUCGUCGGGGAUGAUGGGAAUUGUAGUCCCAAAACAGCUGGGGGGCCAAGUUUGCCCAUCACUGGUUUAAGGGUACUGUGAAUUGUAGCUCUGUGAUGGUUGCCAGGAUUCUGUUUGAGUUUUGUGUGCUUUAAAUAUAUGGUGUGUAUGCAGCCCCCAUUCCCUCCAGAACUCUCCACACUGGGCUGAUCCCUUGUCAUUUUUCAUCCUACGCAAACUGCCUUUUGCAGCAUCAGCAUCAUAUCAUUUAUACCCUACCCAUCUGGCUGUGUUGCCACAGCCACAUCUGGGCAGUUUCCAGUACAUAUAAAAGCAUAAUAAAACAUCAAACAUUAAAAGCAUUUACAUGAAACUCAGCCAUCUUGUGCAUUCUAAAUCCUUCAGACGUUUCCUCUGUCCUCCUCCUCCUUUUUCAGGCAGUGGCUGGAGGAUGCAUUGAGGGAGAAUGAACCAGGCUCCAGCUUCAUCUUUCUCGUUGGAACAAAAAAAGAUUUAGUGGUAAGUGCAUUGCAGCUUGCAAAAUAAAUGCUGCAGCUGCUCUACUCGGAACCUUGAGCAGUAUUACGGAACUGCAGUCUCCAUACACAAUUUAUUUGUCCCGUCUGGAUGGUAACUGUGUGAUGAUGGCUGGUUGCUGGUAGCUCAACUUGCCUAACAGCAGGGCUAGAAGAAGUUCUAGCCCAUCAGUAACUGCAACGGAACUGCAACCAAUAACCACAACUGGGGGAAACAGAACGUGUGGGUGCACAACAGUGACCUGUAUCAGAACAUCGAGCCUGCAAUAUAAAGCCUCCAGUUGGGAGCACUUGGGACAUACCUGGCCGACGCAUGCAGGACACAUAGAUAAAAGGGGCCUGAAGCAGAGAGAGGGACAAUGUCCUUUGUGUGCAGAAGCUGGAGCAAGGGAUCCCUGUGGUCUGUGCUUCCUUCCAUAGCCAAGACCCGACAAGGAUUCAGAAUUCACUUUUCUUGCUGUUGAGUUGGGUUCUUCUUCUUCUUCAUCAUCAUCAUCAUCCUGAGCAGCUUCUAGCACAAACUCUUUCCUGGUGUCUUUUCAAACCAUUUCUGCUCAUCAGCUCCUUGCCCUGCUGAAGCAGGGGAAAUGUGCCCCCAAAGGAUUAUGCAGUUGUCAGUUCUGGACAGAUUUCUUUGGUAAGGCAGCGGGAGGAAAAUGCAGGUUUAAAACUCAGGAGAGACGAACAGCCUAUCUAAGGCUCUGACGACAGAUGCUUAAAGGCAGCUUCUCCCCUUUACUGUAAUAGCUGUACAUCAUGGGAUGGAGACAAGUUCUUUUUUAUAAUAAAGGUUUUUAUCAAUGUAAAAUCGAACCUUAAAGCAAACAAACAAGAAAAAAUAUAUAGUUAAAGUUACAAAACGUGGGAGAAGGACAGAGUUUGUAUUUUCCAAAUAACAGAGAGCAGAUACCGUAGAAAAAUUCUAUCAGCAGAACACCACCAUAAAUGCUAUUUUUUUCCUUUGAGGUUCAAAUAAAAAUAAAAAUAAUAUAUAUUAUUUAUUUAUACCCUUCCCUCCCCAGCCAGAACCGGGAUCAGGGUGGCUAACACCAAUAAAAUUACAAUAAAACAUAACAGAAAAAGAAAAAACAGUUAAUUAAAAUACGAGUUCAACUGUAAGGGCAGGUUCAUGUGUUACGUUUUCCAUACACUGUGAAGUAAGAAUAUAAUAAUUGCCCAGGUAGAAGUGAGCAAAAUUUUCUUGUGCUGAACAGGUUCUUACCUUAUGUAUCCAACCACAUAUGGCCAGAUGCUCUUUAGUGUCAGCAGGCAGAGCUUAAAAGAUGGCACAGUCUUCUACAGCUUCUGUGUGGCAGAUUAAUUCUUCAGUGCAUUGGUCUAAUUCAGCCUUUGCCAACCUGGUGCCCUCCAGAUGUUUUGGACGGCAGCUUCCAUCAUCGCCCACAUAGCUGGACGAUGCUGGGGCUGGUGGGAGUUGCCAACCAAAACAUCUGGAGGGCAUCUGGUUAGAGAGAGAGAUGGGGGCAGGAAUCCAAUGUGGUUCACUUCUAAAUGCAAAUCUCAUCUCAUUCACACUUCCUUUUUUUAAAAAAAAUGAAGGAAAACUCAGCUUUUAUCUUUAGAAAUUUGCCCUUCUCCAAAUGUUCCUAUACAGUUCACCAGCCCCCAAAAGUGUAUAAAAAGGCAUAGUGGAAAUGACUUGUAAGCAUCUGUGUUUAUCAAGGGAAACUGUAUACAGGAAAAAUGUGCCCUAAAACACUUAAGAAUUUUUGCAAGGACUUGCUUUUUUUGGGGGGGGGGCAAACUAAUGUGGAAAUGCAGCAAACUGAAUUGGGUGGGGCGUGGGGGGCUGAAAAGGUGAGAGAAGUUGGAAUUGACAGACUUGCCCAUCCCUAGUUGGGAAAAGCUGGUCUAAUCUCUUUCCAAAGCCAACUCAUGGCCACAUUUUGCAGAAGCAAAUCCCUCUCUGUUCUUUAGAAGGAAAAACGGCUGUGGUACCUCGGCUUACAUACGCUUCAGGUUACAGACUCCGCUAACCCAGAAAUAGUGCUUCAGGUUAAGAACUUUGCUUCAGGAUGAGAACAGAAAUCGUGCUCCGGCAGCAGCAGGAGGCCCCAUUAGCUAAAGUGGUGCUUCAGGUUAAGAACAGUUUCAGGUUAAGAACGGACCUCCGGAACGAAUUAAGUACUUAACCCGAGGUACCACUGUAUUUGUGUUUUGGGGGUGAGGGGGAAGUUUACCCAUUUGCAGCGCAACAUAGAGAUUGCUGUUCCUUGGCUGUGGUUCCUUUCUUUUUCAGUCCGACGCUGCCUGUGAGCGGACAGAACAGGACGCCAUCCACCUGGCCAAUGAAAUGCAGGCAGAAUAUUGGUCUGUUUCAGCCAAGACAGGUGAGCUGAGCCAAUUGAAGUGUUUGGGAGUGCCAGUGCUGCAGGGCUGAGCAUGCCAGCUGGUCUCCUUCAAGGAGUUAAGCUGCCAGCUUGCCCAGGGACUUAUGUGGGACAGUGUCUUUCAUAGUGAUGCUCUGCUUGGGUGCAGAGUUUGAUCCUUGUGAAAUGCACCCUUCUGCUCUGGAACUCCACACAGGCUCAUGCCAAGAUGCCAAAGGUAGUCCCUUGAAUGCCCCCCCAUUUUUGGGAGGGGGGUGGGUAGGGAUGUUGGAAGAGACACAAGCCAUUAUUUUGUUUAUAGCAGCUGCCUAUAGUACCACCCUGUGUUUAAAAUGGGAGUGGCUAACCCAUGACCCUCUGGAUUUUGAUGGACUACAACUCCCAUCAUCCCCAGCCAGCAGUUAACUACAACUGCUGCAAUUCGAGAGCCACGGGUUAGCCAUGCACGCUUUAAAGCUGUGUUUCCCAAACUUGGGCCUCCAGUUGUUUUUGGACUACAACUCCCAUCAUCCCUAGCUAGCAAGACCAGUGGUCAGGGAUGAUGGGAAUUGUAGUCCAAAACAGCUGGAGGCCCAAGUUUGGGAAACACUGCUUGAGCCCCACUUGUUUUAUGUUGCUAUGGCCGUUGUCUAAUGCGAAUAAAGUUUAUCUUAUCUAUCUACUUGAGCCCCUCAAAGGUUACAGGAUUCCCUCUACCUCCCCACCCUCUCUUUCUUUCACCAGGGGAAAACGUCAAGGGGUUUUUUUCCCGAGUUGCUGCCUUGGCCUUUGAAAAAUCGAUGCUGAUGGAGCUGGAGAAGAGCAACAGCCGAAUGGCCCAAAUUGGUGCAGGAAACCUCAUCAGUAGGUUUGAACUGAAUUGUCUUUGUUUGAUUAAAAACAAAACAUUUUCAAGGGAUGAGGAUAGUGAGGGGGCCAGACAGCUUUUCCUUCUGCUUAGAAAAGUCUUUGCCGAUUGGUUGCUCUCCAACCGUUUUGGGCUACGACCCCCAUCUGCCCCCAGAAUCGCAGGACCACUUGGAAACUUCAGCAGGCCUGAAAAUGCAGUAGCAAAAUGACUGACCAGGGUUCCACUUAGGAGUUGCAUAAUCUGUGUUUUAAAACUGGUUGCACUGGUUUCUGUUCUGUUCCCAGGCCCAGUUCAAGAUGUUCACAUUCAUCUUCAAAGUAUGAAAUAGGUUAUAGGCGGUCUUUCUGGUAUCUGGGGCCCCUUUUCCUACUUCUCUGUGUUCUGUGCUGUAGCACGCACACCUUCCCUUGGGUAAGCUGAUUCUGUCUUAAGUGGUAUAUAAUCUUCUUAUGAAUAAAUAAUAAAUAUAAAUGCAUAUAGUAGCUCCUCCCCUCCACAGUGACUAGUACUGAUAGGACUUGCAGCCCCAAACCUCUGGAGGGCACCAGGUUGGGGAAGGGAGGCCAGUAGGACCCCAGCCUUCAUGCUGACAAGCACAGGAAGGUUGCCUGCCCAUCUAACACCGUGCAAAUGUUUAUGAAGACUGGGAUGAACACUGCUGUUGCCUGUUAACCAUUUCUGGAAAGUGAUGUUCCGAAAGGAUUGAUUUGGCCAUUUCUUUGUUCCCUUGUUGCAGAAAUAGAAGGGGACUCGCCAGAGACUUUGGAAGCCAACCCACAAGCCAGCCCAAGUUGUUGCUAG